CCAUCGCUCCGAAAAGGCAGCUGGUUUGGUACAGUCGUCACCUCGAUAAAAUAGUGUUACUUACAACCCGUCACCUUGUUGAUCAAAUUGAAUUAAUAGUUGAAUUUUGAUUUCAACUUAUCCCGCUAUCUGAUCGUGCUGAUUUAAUUAUUAGUAGCGCAACCAAGCUACGAGUACGAGACUAGCGCCAUCGUCAAUACACUAGUCACUACCCAACACCGUUCACGUCACUGACUUUCAUCAUGUUAAAUAAAUCUGGUUGAGUAUAUGAUCAUCAAAAUCUGAAGAAAUGAACCACAGUCAUGAUGCCAGCCAUUGCUCAACACAUCAAAUGCCAAACCCAUCAGUUAUGCAAACGAUGCCAGAGAUGGAGUUUGAAAGAGGGGUGUGGUCAGCAGCACUGAGUGGGGAAGUGGGAAAAGUUAACAACUACCUUGCAAAAGGCGGAGAUGCAAAUGCUGUUGACAGUUCUGGAUACACUGCAUUGCACUAUGCAUCUAGAAGUGGACAUCGUGCAGUCAUCGCAAUAUUGCUACAACAUGGUGCUAAUCCAAAUAUACAAACACGUGCAGGGGGUGCCACUGCCAUGCAUAGGGCAGCAUAUUGUGGCCAUAGUAAGGUAAUUCUUGACCUUCUACAAGCAAAAGCUGACCCAACAUUACAAGAUAAAGAUGGAAAAACUGCCCUUCACAAGGCAGCUGAGAUGAGUCAGAAGGAAGCAUUUGAAGUACUCUUGAAAACCAAUAAACAUCUUUUAAACAUAAAGGAUAAUAAUGGGAAAGCACCAGUAGACUAUAUCAAGGAGCACAAAGCUCAUCUAGAGCACUGUAAAGAGAUAUUACAGAAUCUUUAAAGAGGCAACACUGCAUCACAGAUGGCAAAGUGCAUGACCUAAAUAACUGUAAUAUAGCAUCGAAUAUGGAACUAAGAUGGCUGGUAAGUAUUACAUCGCAGUGGUUGUCAGGCAGGUAUUGUGAUGAGGUAAUUAUUGUAAACCAGAGCUUACCAAUCGUGGCAUAGGGCCAAUCAGAUACUGCUGUGGUAGAUGCCAUCUGGCGAUCUCACCAUGGCUGGUAUAGUUUGUUAGUGGCUGGUAUGCAUCAUGCCAUGGCAGUUCUUAUUGGGGUUCUAACACGAUCCAAUGAAAAUAAUUGUGUUAGUUUAGGUUUUAAUAGCAAUCAUAAUUCGUUAUUUUGCAAAGAUGAUUUGAAAAUCGUGUACAGUUGUACUCACAUGAUAGUAAAUGGAAAUUUUUAUAUGUUAUAAA